CUGGCAUUGCAAUUCUCGGAGCCGUUUGGGAAAAAAAGACACGGCAAUGGCGCUUGUCGCUUCCUCCCGCAGCCACCGCUCCCUCCUCCUCCUCCUCCGCCACCAUCUUCGCCUCCUCUCCUCCUCCCCAUCUCCACCUCCGACCGCUCCCUCCGCCGCCCCGCUCUUCUCAGGCCGCCACGCCUUCGACCCCGCUAUCCGCCGUCUGGCCCGCGCUCGCCGCUUCUCCGACAUCGAGGCCCUCCUCGAGCCGCUCAAGAAGGACCCCCGUGCCUCCGACGAGCCCUUCCUCGCUGCCGUCAUCACUUCCUAUGCCGCCGCCGGCAUGCUCGACCGCGCCCUCCGCACCCUCGACGAGAUACCCUCCCUCGGAGCCCCCCGCACUGCCCUCUCCCUCAACGCCCUCCUCUCCGCCCUCAACCACUCCCCCCUUGUUGCCUCCCGCAGCCGCGUCCCCGACCUCUUCGCCGACCUCACCCGCCGCCUCCCCAUCGCCCCGAACAAGGUCUCCUACGGCAUCCUCGUCAAGUCCUACUGCCUCGCGGGCGACACCAAGAAAGCCCUCGCCGUCCUCAAGGAGAUGCAGGAGAAAAAAAUCGAGGUCACCACCGUCACCUACACCACCCUUCUGGAUUCCUUCUACAAAGAGGGCAGGCCCGAGGAGGCCGAGGGAUUGUGGAAGGAGAUGCAGAAGAAGGGCUGCAAGCCCGAUUUGCCGGCUUAUAAUGUCCGGGUGAUGCACCGAGCCCUCGACGGGAAGCCGCAAGACGUGCUCGAUUUGAUCAAAGAGAUCGAGGCAGCAGGAUUGAAGCCCGACACUAUUACUUACAACUAUCUCAUGAGCUGCUAUUGUAGCCAUGGCCGCUUCGAGGAGGCAAAGAAUGUGUACAAGGGUUUGGAGGAGAAGGGAUGCGCUCCAAAUACUGCGACUUUCAAGAAUUUCUUGGCUUCUUUAUGUAAAAUUGAGGAUUUUGAUGGGGGUUUGGAGGUGUUCAUGGAUAGUGUGAAGCUGCACAAGGUGCCGGAUUUAUGGUCGGUAAAGCUUCUGGUGGAGGGAUUGAUGAAGAAAUCGAAGGUUAGAGCUGCAAAGAGGGUGGUUAGUGGGCUGAAGAAGAAAUUCCCGGAAGAUUUCACAGGGGACUGGAAGAAGCUUGAGAAGGUAGUUGGUGUGGCUGUGGAUGGAGAAGGAUCUGAGCAAGCAGAAGCUGCCUAAGUUUGGAGUUUUUCCAAAGGAAUUUGGAUGGCAUAUGUGAGGAUUGGGGUUUCUUUUGUUAAAUCAAUCAUUUUGGAGCAAAUCGAUGCCCAGAUUGCAUAUGAAUUGUUGUCCUCCAUAUGCAAAGAGGUGAGAUUGUCUGAUUACAAGCCCAGUUUCUUUUUCUGAGAGGCUUGAAUGCUGCAUUACUGAAUGAAAUUGUAUCCCUUGCACUUUGCUGGCAAUAACAUAUGGCCUGCCUGGAUGAGGCUUAUUUUAUAA